AGCCGCCGCACAACCGAACCGAGGGUCGCACGCGGUGGUUGCGCGCGGUUUAUGUUCAAAUAAUCUAGUGCGCUCGACCAUAUUGAAAUUUAAUAAUCAUAAUUAAUAGUUAAUUGAUUUCUCUGUGUAGUAUAAGAAAGUUAAUCGUUAAUUUGUUAAUCGUCGGUUUUAAGAUGCCGUAGACUUGGAAAGAACAAUGACUUCGACGGACACAUAUCAAUUGAAAUGGCACUCGCACAGUUCGCAUUUGAACGGUUCGGUGGCGGCUCUGUUGCGUUCGGAGCGUUUCACCGACGUCGUCUUGUGCACUAUGGACGGCUCGCAAAUACCGGCCCACAAGUUCAUACUGAGUUCGUGCAGCGUGUACCUGAGCGGUCUGUUCGAGGGCCAGAGGUCUGUUAUGAGGAUGGGAGGGAUGCUGUACGUGGUGCUUCCGCCGGAAAUAUCGACGAAGGCCCUGAAGAUUUUAGUCGAAUACAUGUAUAAAGGCGAAACGACAGUCUCAAAUGAAAUAUUGGACACCGUUCUGAAAGCUGGUGAGGUGCUCAAGAUCCGCGGGCUGUGGCGUCAGACCGACGAGGGCGGCGCCUCCACGGAGCCCCCAGACAAGAGCACAUUCAACCAGACCCUGCCAUCGGCGAGCGUGAACAAGCAAAUCGUGACCAAGAAGCCUGACGAGGGACAGGCCAAGAUAGCCGUGAAGAAAGAUGAUAAGCUCUUGAAAACCUUCACACCAGUUCAAGGCGCAGGACAGGGAAUAACCAGACCAAUGUUCAUCGGUCCCCCAAAGCUGGUGUUCAUUAAGACCACCGAAGGCGGGACCCAAGCCGCCUUACGUCCCUGCGCACCGAAGGGUCAGACCAUACUAGUCGCGCCGGCACCCACGUCUGACGCCCCCACCCUCACCACAAUGACCGCCACUGCAGCAACGAGCACGGCCAACCCAGUAGCGGAGGCGUCCGAAGACAGUCCACCACCAAGGAUACUGAGGAGGCAUGUCACGGAAAAGAAAUACGGAAAAAGGCAGAAGACUGAACGAAAUACGGAAGAAGAUGCCAAGGAUAACGAUGACGGAGGAAACGCUGAUAAUGUAUCUGAAUGCUCAAAGAAAUCAAAUCAAAGCGCUCAAGAAACGACGACAACUGAAAUUCAGAUAAAAGAUGAACCGGAAUGGGACGCGAGCAGCAUCGAGGAGGAGGAGCGCUCCAUCGCGGAGAUGUUCCAGGCCGAGAUGAACGUGAAGUCGGAGCCCGUCGACGACGUGGACAUCGAGGACGACAGCCUGGUGUACAGUCCGCUGGCGUGCGAGCUGUGCGCGGAGGUGUUCACGGUGCCGGCCGCCUGGGUGCGACACGUGCAGGGGCACGCGCACGACCAGCCGCGCCCGCCCCGCGCCCCGGGCGACGAGGGUGAGGAGACAAUGGCCUUGCUGCGUUGCGACUUGUGCCAGAAGCACUUCCCGAACCCAGCGCAGUGGGUGCGGCACAUACAGAGCACCCACACCGAAACAGAAUUGGCCAUAUCAAACAACAGUGCCCCACCAAAACGUCACAAUCGUUUCACAGAGGGCGCGCAAAACAAGACAUGUGCACAUUGCAAGAAGACGUUCCCGUCACACGCGUCCAUGCUCAUACACAUGCGCACGCACACAGGUGUUCCAAAGCCCAGGACAUCUACAGAGCGAACUGAAGGAGCUCGAGCUACCGAAUGUGCAUUACUUGUAAAAGAACCGAUCGGAACAGCCGAAGAGAAGAAACCAGAGAACAAUGAGUCGGACAGUCGGCCACCCCGCCAGCCCGUGGUCCCCAAUCAAGUCCGCCUGCUCGGAAACAAUUAUCCCGUACUUUACGAGUAUCUCAAUCGUCCGACCAUAAUCAACAAAGAACAAAUGAAUGCAGCUUAUCAACCUAUUUUUGUUCAACUUGAUCUGCGAAAUUCAGCUUCAAGAUAUUUACUCACGAAUACUGUCCAAGGGCAAACCAGCAAUAAGGACGCCGCGUUAGCACAACCCAAUAAUCAAAGCACCGCGCUAGAACCGUCUGGUAAUAAUGUACGUCAGCAAAACCCUCGGCCAGAACAGUCCACUAAUCAAAUAGCUGGGUCAGGGCAGCUCAGUAACCAAAGUGCCGUGGUAGGACAGACUAACAAUGAAACAGCUGGUCCGGGACAAUCUGGGACUAAAAGUACAGGGAAAAUUCAAAGGAAAAUUCAAAUGACUGCAGCGCGUUGUCGUCAAUUUAAGAAAUCGUAUAAAAACUGCGAAUCAACGUCGAACAGUAAAUAAGCUCCAACUGAUUUUCGAUAUCGUUCUCCUCCAGAAUAUCGAGAGAAUGUCCGCUCAGAGAAUAACGACGAAUAUAAAUUAUGCAUCAAAUUACAUAAGUGCAAGGGCAACAAAAAAAAAAGUGCCAACUAAAAAAAACCGUAACCAACCCCUAAAGGCUUGGGAUUUAAAUCGCAGUAUAAAGCGUCAAAGUAAGAUUCAUGCUAUGAGUGAAGAGGAUGAACAUAUUUGUUAUAGCACGGGAAACAUGUUUAUAUUUAAAUAAAAAUUCAAUUAUUUUCUACGUCACAAACCGAUAAUCGACAAGUGUCUCUGAAGCAAUAUCAUAAAAUGACAUAUAUUAUUAAUUAAAAAGUUGAACGAUUGAGAAGAGACUUUAAACAAUUGGAAUUCGACAACUCGAAAUUAAACUAAUUAUUAUUUAACAAAGAACCCAGUGGCUUGUAGAAGUCGGGUAGGAGAAAACAAGAAGUUUGGCGAGACUGAAAAACGUGAAGAUAAAAUCUAACGUGCAGUAUUAUUCACUUAAGGUCCAAAGUGCAACGCAGAUUGAGAUCGAGCUUAGUACGUUCUGUAUACGGACGAUUAUAUUGAAGUAGGGAUAAGUUUUUCUUCCAAAUUUAAUGUAUACCUUGAGUCCAGGACUAGUGCCAAAUUGUGGCAUCACUUUCGUCUCGAUCAUCAACUUAGUAAGCAGUGAAAAGUAGAUAGUAGUUGAUUAGGUAAUCGGAUAUAACUAACAGUAGCAACGAAAUUAAAUUCAUAAAAUCGGAUAUUCCCAAGUUGUAAUCGAUUCUAACGUUGUGUAGACACAAUUAAGGCUACCUUAACUGUAUAAUCUCGCGUUUUUUAUUGUCAUUAAAUUAUAAUUUCUGACUUUUUCGAAUACCUACUUAGAGUUUACGUGAUCUCGUGCCGCGAACUAAUGUAAUGAUGAUAAGCGUGCGAAAUUAAAUCGUAAAAGUAGUUUUGUGUCUACGCCUCGUGUAGUUGACGCGUUUUGUUGUGACUUUAUCUGAUAUUAAUUAUACUAUCCUAUUUAAAUCGCAUUUUGUUCUCAAAUGAAUAGAUGUUUAAUUUGGCGCGUAAGACUAUGUCUGUUUUUUUAAAAAUUAAAAUGGCUACUGCUCAUCAGCUAUCCACACACUUUUGUACACGUUUUCAUUAGCUAUUAGUGUAAAGCUGUAAUUCUGAUAUUACAAAGAGAUACUUUACAUUUCAUUUCAACAAAUAUCUAUACGAGCAUUUUGAAAGGAAAAAUAAUUGAUUUCAUUAAAUAGUUGACCUAAAGUUUAGAUACCCCAAGGAAACACACAAAUUGAUAGUAAACCGUAUUUAGUACCUAAUUGACAGUAAUUUACUAGAAUCUAGUCUUUAGCGUAGUGAUGUGACAUAGAUGUAGUAGUAGUAGUAGUAGUAGUAGUAGUAGUAGUAGUAGUAGUAGUAGUAGUAGUAGUAGAAAAAUGCUUGAAUAACAAGAUGUUGCAAACAUUACAACCGCUUGUCGUGUUGCUUAAAGCAAUAUGUCGCAGACAAACCUUAGGCGAAACACCGUGAAAGAAGGUUGUGAUCAGAACGAUAUGGAUUGUAUCAUCAUAUCAUAUCACAUGUAUGGUUGUAUAAUCUCGAUUAUAGGGAUAACUGUGAUGAAUUGAACGAUCUAUUGGUGAUAUUGUUGAGUAUUAAACUAGGUAAUGGAUAACGAAUAGGGAAUGUCGUUGUUGUCUGUAUUCUUCGACGUAAUAUUGUAUACACUUAAGUUACUGGUCGGUGCAGGGUGUGAUGAAAUCGUUCCUGAAAUGUAACUGGUGGAUGUUGUGGUUAUAAAUGGCUAUAUAAGAAAUCAGUUGUCGAAAAAAUGUACUGUAGGGACUUAGCGCGUAAUGUAAUGCAAAUAAAAAUCGGCUGACGCAUGUGAUUCCGCUGUCUAGAGCGAAUUUCGGGUUUACAAAAAUAUGAUACGUCCCAGUGUGACGGAUGAGACAGCCCUUAUGCAAUACAACCGAGAUUACGACCUCAUGUCUCAAGAUUGGCAGCGUUCACGUUGUCUAUGGGCUCCUUUAACCGCUCAGCACCAGUGUGCUUAGUGCGAGUUUUCUAACGUUCUCGAUAGCGUAAAAGUUAGCUCAUAUUUGUAUGGAAUGGGGAUGGUUUGCCUAUGUUUGCGGCUAGGGGCGCUGUUCCAACUGCAUACAAAAUUGGGUAGGUAAGCUUUUACGCUAUAUAGAACGUUAAAGAACUCGCACUAAGCAUACAGGUGAACUGUUCGAUUAGAUUUGGUAGUUCCUUCAGGGCACGUUCUCUUUGCACCCUGUAUUGAUAUAGUAGGUCAUCGCCUAUUGUUCGUAGAAGAAAAUAUCCGCCUAAUUUUGGAUGGUGUUUAAAUGUGAAUUAGAUAUAUAUUUUUAAUUAAUAUAUUUGAUGUAUGUACUACGUAUCAAUUAUGAUAAGAAAUUUCGGAACCACAGUAUUUGUCGUUUUUAGUGGUAGGUACAACAGGAAAUAUUAUCGAAAAUCGAUUUUAAAUACGUUAAGCUAAAACGAAUUGUGUUUACAUUGUCUCAAUAUGAAUGAUCUCAGAAAAAUGCAAUAAAAUUUGAUGAAAUAAACGUUACAAUUACAAGUAACAGGUAUUUUCUAUUUGUUAUUAUGCUCGUAAUCUAAGGAGUUAUACUCUUUUGGCGUGCUGAUGGUAAAAUUAACCAAGUUCAAUUAGUGGUUCUCGCGAAAUGUAUUAAAAUCACUCUGUCGUAAUAAUUGUAUGCUGUAUUGUAUUUUAUUUUUUAUUUGAAAAACUCACAAGAAAUGAUUUCGGCAUAUUAGUCUUCCAAAAAAAGUAUAGCUCACAACGAGUAAGUAGACUUACCCGCUUUUUUCGUUUGUCUCCCGAUUAUUAUUUUCUUGUUUUUUUUGUUAAUUAAUUUAGUUGUACAAAGUUAUUAAUUUAUUUAAUAAUAAAAAUCCCAAAGAA